AUGGCGGCCCCUAUGCACGAGUUUAAGAAACACAGCGCAAUUUGUUUACAAUUUAUCCAUUUAUCGCGACAUUUUCUGAACAACGCCAAAGUUUAUUUUCUUUUAGCUUUUCUACUCGCACUGACAGCCCGCUGUUCCGGAAAUGACGACUUUCAGAGAGACGAAUUUCUUAAGAGGGAGUACUCGCUGACCAAGCCGUACCAAGGUCUGGGCUCGUCGAGCUCGUCACACUGGGAUUUACUGGGCAACACCAUGAUCACCCCCGAGUACGUGCGCCUGACUCCAGACCUGCAGAGCAGACAGGGUGCCGUGUGGAGCCGCAUCCCGUUUUACAUUCGAGACUGGGAGCUCCAGGUGCACUUUAAGAUCCACGGCCAGGGCAAGAAGAACCUGAACGGCGAUGGACUGGCGCUGUGGCUGACCAGAGAACGCAUGCAAAUAGGCCCCGUGUUCGGGAACGUGAACCAUUUCACCGGCCUGGGGAUUUUUAUAGACACGUAUCCCAACCACGAAAACCAGCAUGAGAGAUUAUUUCCGUUUAUUUCGGCAAUGGUGGGAAACGGGACCGUGGCGUACGACCACGAUCAGGACGGAAGGAACGCAGAUCUGGGAGGCUGCCAGGCCGCCGUGCGUAACGUCGACUAUGACACGUUCGUCCUGGUCAGAUACGUAAAGAGCACACUAACGGUGAUGAUGGACGUAGAAGGAAAGCAGGAGUGGAAGGAGUGCUUGGAGAUCCCGGGUGUCCACCUUCCUCAAGGGUAUUACUUCGGAGCCUCAUCGCUUACUGGCGAUCUGUCAGAUAACCAUGACCUGAUCUCCCUCAAGCUGUUUGAGCUGACGGUGGAGAGAACUCUUGAGGAACUGGAGAACGAGCAGGAGGUCACGAUACCCAGCGUGGACUACCGAGAGAUUCCCGUGGAGGUGGUGGAUGAAGGCAUGAGCACGCUCACCCUCAUCUUCCUGUUCAUCUUCUCUGUGGUCGGCCUCGUGGUGUUCGUCGUGGCGUUUCUCUUCAUCUACGCGCGCUGGAAGGAGCGCAGCCGCAAGCGCUUCUAUUGAGGGAAACGGAGAGCGUUUUUGCGUUCCGAAGUUUCUUCUCACUGCUGCAUCUAACUGACGUUACCUCCGACACCGAAGAGCCAUACGAGAGAGAAAACGGCUUCGUCCUGAUCCUCUCAUUCAUCUACUAAAGUGUAUAAGAUAUUUGAAUGUUGCUGCGGAAAGAACAAAGUGCCAGAGUGCGUGCAAGUGUGUGUGUGUGUGUGUGUGCAAGUGCAAGUGCAAGACACAGAUUUGAUCCUGAACUGCAUAUACAUAUUACAGACCUAGAUAGACAGCAUUGCUUAUGAUGUAAUAUGAGUGUGUGUGUGUGUGUGUGUGUGUGUGUGCGCGCGCAAGCGAGUACGUGCGAGUGUGAGUGUGUUUGAGAUCUGUUCCCGAUUUGGACAUACAUAUUACAGACCAAGAUAGGUAGCUUUAUCUGCACUAGUGAAGCAUACACAUCAGAGAGAAGGUCUUUUUUUUUUUUCUCUCUCAUUUUGUUUUUGUUUUUCUACAUGAAAUUGUUUUUUAACAAGACAUUUUUGAUAAAAGAUGCAAAAAAUAAAUCACAGUCAUAAAUUUAGUUGUAAAAUAAUUAAUGAAUCCAGUUCACAUUUGUAGGAAAAAUCGGAUUCGAACACAAACUUGGCUAAUUCUUCUUCAAGAAGUGCUCGAGAAAAGUUUCUCGGAGCCUUACGCACGCGUUUCACACACGAAUGAGUUUUGUUAGAGGGAAACAUGACGCGCUUCGGUAUUUUUGCCCACUUCAUUUAUUUUAGAGAGUGGCUUGACGGUGCUGCGUAUAGAAUCGAAUCAGGUUUUGAGGUCUUUAACAAGGAUGUCUAUAAAUUUGCACACACACACACACACACACACACACACACACACACACACACACACACACAGCCUGACAUUAACAACAAGCUGAACUAUAAAGAAGUGUAUGCGUGGGUGCAUAUGCAUAUAUGUGAAAUACUCUUUAGGAAUUUUUUAUUUUUUUUUUAAAGGUCAUUAUACUUUGUACGAUUUUACACAAAAUACAUCAAACAAAGGUUUAAGCAGACAGAAAUCUCAUUGCUAUGUUAUGUUCGAUGUGCUGGAUGGAAAGAAUAGUGUUAAAUGAACAAAACUGUUCACUGAUUCGUAACAACUUCGACUUAUACAUGUUUAACUGGUGGUCAUGUUUCAGUAGCACAUACUAAACUUGCCCUUUCUGCCUUUCAAGCCGUAAAGAGUAGGCAAAAAAAACGGUUUAUUAUAAUAAAAUAAAAAAAAAAAUAAAAAAAAAAGAUCGAAAAGGAACACAAGUAGCAAUCUUUUGGGGUUUAUUAGGUUAAUUUUUUUUUUUUAGUCUGUGAAUAAUAAUGCACUGAAUUCUCCAGAGUCAUACUCGUUUAGUUUUUGUUUACACAAACUCUUUAAAAUCAACCAAUCACAGCUCAGUGAUUAAGUGGGAAAAUGCUGUUAAAAAUAAUAGCUUGAAACAAUUUUCUGCUCAAAAAUUUCUAUAAAUUUAAUAUAAAAACGCUUUUUUUUCCCUUGUUUUAAUUUUGGUGCUUUAUUUGAAUUUUUAUUUGAAUUACAUUUUAUUUCCUGUUAUUUUGGCUGGUUGUCAUGCUCACACACCGUAAUCUGAUUUUCCUUUCAAAUGCACUGUUAAAAUCAAUUACUCACUGAACGGAAAACCUGAGCACGCGGAAUUUAUUUUUCUCUUUGCUAAUUGGAAAUAAUAUUGGCUUGUACUAUACUUUUGUUUUGUUAUGAAGGGUGUUGUGUAGGAUUUGCUGGAUCAAAGGGGUCUUUAAUGGAAACGUCCAUAAUUUAAUUACAUAUUGAACUUUAUAUAGAAUAUUAAAUUCGUCAAACUUACCCACAUUAGCGCUCUAAUUCAAUGUCUUAUUUUGAAAUCACGGAAAUGCUGAAUGUCUGAGAAAUGUCAUUUGACCAAAAAACUGUAUUUGGGGUAAAUAACUGAUUAAAUAAAAAUUGUUCUUGGUGGCAAA